UUUAUUGGAGACUGGAUCUGAGGGAGGGGGGUAGCGUUGUCUUGGGUGUGGUCGCCGUCUGGUAUCUUUGUUGAUCUAGUGGCUUGGAUCGAGAGAGAGAUCUAAAUCAUCUACUACCACUACUACUACAACUAUUCUACUACUACAUCUUCUCCACAGAGAGAGAGAGAGAGAGAGAUGAGAGAAAUCAUAAGCAUACACAUAGGGCAAGCAGGUAUUCAGGUUGGGAAUUCAUGUUGGGAGCUCUAUUGCCUCGAGCAUGGUAUUCAUCCCGAUGGCAUGAUGCCCAGUGACACAACAGUGGGUGUCGCACACGAUGCUUUUAAUACCUUCUUUAGCGAGACAGGUGCAGGAAAACAUGUGCCCAGAGCUAUAUUUGUUGACCUGGAACCAACCGUUAUUGACGAAGUUAGGACAGGGACUUACCGCCAGCUUUUCCAUCCCGAACAGCUUAUUUCUGGCAAGGAAGAUGCUGCCAACAAUUUUGCAAGAGGGCAUUAUACAGUGGGGAAGGAGAUUGUUGAUCUAUGCCUUGAUCGAGUCAGGAAGUUAGCUGAUAACUGUACUGGUUUGCAAGGGUUUUUAGUGUUCAAUGCUGUUGGUGGUGGCACUGGCUCUGGUUUAGGGUCCUUGUUGUUGGAACGCUUGUCUGUAGAUUACGGAAAGAAGUCAAAGCUUGGGUUCACCAUUUAUCCUUCUCCUCAGAUCUCUACUGCAGUUGUGGAGCCUUAUAACAGUGUUCUUUCUACGCACUCUCUCCUCGAGCACACAGAUGUGGCUGUGCUUUUGGACAAUGAAGCCAUUUACGAUAUCUGCCGGAGAUCCCUAGACAUUGAAAGGCCAACUUAUACCAAUUUGAACAGAUUGAUUUCCCAAAUAAUAUCGUCUUUGACAACUUCUUUAAGGUUUGAUGGGGCCAUUAAUGUAGACGUUACAGAGUUCCAGACUAACCUUGUACCAUAUCCCCGUAUACAUUUCAUGCUCUCCUCGUAUGCCCCUGUAAUUUCAGCUGCGAAAGCAUACCAUGAGCAGCUAUCUAUACCUGAGAUCACAAAUUCAGUGUUUGAGCCUGCAAGCAUGAUGGCGAAAUGUGAUCCAAGGCAUGGGAAAUAUAUGGCCUGCUGCUUGAUGUACCGUGGAGAUGUUGUUCCAAAGGAUGUUAAUGCAGCCGUUGCCACUAUCAAGACCAAACGGACUGUACAGUUUGUUGACUGGUGUCCUACCGGCUUCAAGUGUGGUAUCAACUACCAGCCUCCAACAGUGGUACCGGGCGGUGAUCUUGCCAAGGUGCAGCGAGCGGUGUGCAUGAUCAGCAACAACACAGCAGUGGCGGAGGUGUUCUCGCGCAUUGAUCAUAAAUUUGAUCUGAUGUAUGCCAAGAGGGCAUUUGUUCACUGGUAUGUUGGUGAAGGCAUGGAGGAAGGGGAGUUCUCUGAGGCCCGUGAAGAUUUAGCUGCUCUCGAGAAAGAUUAUGAGGAAGUUGGUGCUGAAGCUGUGGAGGACGAAGAAGAUGGCGAAGAUUAUUGAGGUAGUUUUGCAGGGGAUUUGUCUGGAUGAUUGGUUAGUUCGACCCUCUUGUAUCUUUCUGUGUUGUUCUAUUUCUCGGGUAUUGCCAUUCUCUGUCUUGAUGUUAUGAAGUGGUUAAAAUUUGUGUUUGCAAUGUUCUGAUGGGAAGUGUUUUCUGUGCUAUGUGCUUUGAAAUAAUUGGGUAUUUUCCUUUUUGUAUGA